AUGUCGUCGUUUCCAGACUACUAUGCAAUACUUCAGCUUGAAAAAUCAGCUACCACAGAGGAAAUUAGGCAGGCAUACAAGAGAGAGUCUUUGAAGACCCAUCCCGACAGACUGACGAAGGCUACUGAUACCGAAAGGAAGCUCGCAACAGAGAGAUUCCAGGCGGUCGCGGAUGCAUACUAUGUUCUUUCAGACCCUGUCCGAAGGCGACAAUACGAUUCCCUCUAUGCAUCGAAAUCUUAUAACGCGAAGAGCGGUGACCCUAAGGCGUCGUCAAACUUCUUCGCUCAGUUUGCGAACAUGUUUGGUUCUGGAAGCUCUACCAACUCCACUCCCAACAAUGCUGCAAGACCGGACGCCGAAACUGUCUUUGCUGAUGUUUUCGAUGAGCUACUUCGCCCGGAAGUUGAGCGUCAUGCGCCAUGGUGGGCAUGGGUGGGUGCUGCUUGCGGAGGAGGUCUGGGCUUCAUUGUGGCCAACGUCCCUGGCCUGAUGCUCGGCGCUUUCGCAGGAAAUCGCAUAGGAGCAGUUCGGGAUGCCAAAGGCAAGAGUGUAGCCGCAGUCUUCGCAGAGCUUGGGACAGACCAGAAAGUCGAGAUACUUCGUGCGUUGGCAGUGAAGGUCCUGGGAUCUGCACUAUAG